CCUUAACAGAUGUGGGAGGAGGCAGCUUGCUGAUUGUAUCGAUCUUGGCUCUAUCUACCUCUAUCCCCCAUCGUGGAGAUCUUAUGCUCCAGAACUAUGCCUUUGCGAACCAUGAAGUGGCACUUCUCCCAACUCAGCGCCAGGUUCAUCUCCUCACGCUGUUUUAGGACGAAUUCCAGGUUAUGGAGACUGUGAGAGAAUGAGUCCCCAUAAACCGAAAGUCGUCCAUAAACACCUCCAUGAUUUCUUCAACCAGUCGGUCGAAGAUGGCCAGCAUACAACGCUGAAAUGUGACUGGGGCAUUGCAAAGCCCAAAUGGGAUCCUCCGGUAGGCAAAUGUGCCGAAAGGACAGGUGAAGGUGGUCUUCGCCUGAUCUUCCGGUGCAAUGGGGUUCUAAAAGUACUCGGACAUCCCAUCCAGGAAACAGUAGAACUCGUGCCUCGCCAGCCUCUCCUGCAUCUGGUCGAUGAAGGGUAACGGGAAGUGGUCCUUCUGGGUGGCAUCGUUGAGAUGACGGUAAUCGUUGCAGACGUGCUACCCGGUCACCGUGCCCAUCGGAAUGGGGUCGUUCUUCUCGUUGGAUACCACGGUCAUCCCGCUCUUCUUAGGCACCACCUGGGUGGGACUGAUCCACUCACUGUCAAAAAUGGCAAAGAUAUUCCUUGGCCUAAUUGAGUCACCUACCUAGGGAAAAUUAGGACCCACCUCUUACUACGUUUAAGCACCUUGUGUUGGUUGCGAUUUAGCAGUCUGAACUUUGAUUCGAGGGUGAAGUCUUGACAACCCUUAGACGAUUAGCUAAGAGAGUCACCUAUGUAGUUUGGCUUGUAGCCCCUUAGCCAAUUGAUCAAGAAAGUGAACUCGAUUCACUUGUUUCACUUCCCUACAGUUAGCAACCACCUUUACCAUGCACUUUCAUUCAGUUUAACUCACCUUUACAGUUAGCUAGGGGGAAUAACACUCGGGUGAAGCCUUCUUAACUGGUGUUCACACCAUUCACACUACCUUCAGUAUGUGAAUCUCCUGAACUCCCUUGAGAUACUGAGCCUGCAAAACGUGGUGUGGUGCUCUGUGAACCACUGGACUUGUUACCAGCUGCUAGUUCUUUAUCCCUUCUCUUCUUCCUCUAGCAGUCAUCAACAGUAUGAUUAGUCUUCUUGCAAAUUGCAAUAGAAAAAUUAUCUGUUGUCUUGAGUUGUUUGUCCUGCUAGUGUGUUUGAGUUUACAAUCAGAGCAACAGUUUGUGCUCUCUUUCAAGUACCUUUUCCUCUCAGCUUCUGUUCAUGCUGCAAUAAGUCAUCCACUGCUUCUGAAACACUUGGGGGAGGUUUCUGCAUAAGUAUCUGGGUUUUCAAAACUUCAAAAUAUGGGUUUAGACCUCGAAGAAACCGAAUUAAAUAAUCAGUCUCCUGUCCUUCUGUUUAAGCAAUAACAACAUCACAAGGGUUUAGGUUCCCUGGAACACAAUUACGAGGGACAAUAUUACUAAAUAUCGAGUAUUCUUCCCAAAGCCCCUUGAUCUUGGUGUAGUAAUCAUUAAUAGACAUAUUACCCGGCUUACAUCGUUGCCUUUAGGACAACAACUAGGUGAACAUCUUCUACUUUGUCAGCUACCGGGGGCCAGCCUUUCCUGGAGAGAGAGUAGCUCUUGAGCUUGUUCACCCUUCCGAUUGGCCCUGGGUACUUUGUUGAAUAACGAAUGUAGGGGAAGAUACUAUUCCCUAUAAUCAGGCAAUAUCAUCUUCCAUAUUGAUGAUUCUCAUAGCAUUUGGUUUACCAAACAUGCGCUUCAGUUCAUCCCACAAUACUUUUGCAUUCACAGUAUUACAACCAUCCCACGACAAAAAUUUAUCAUUCACAGCAGCCAUAGGUAUAGUACCAUCGAUGAAACCCAUUUUGUGCUUCAUCUUCAAACCCAUAACUACAGAUCUACUCCACAUUAUAUACUUGGUUCCAUCAAACACUUCUAUGCCAAUUGAUUGAGUCAAUGCCUCGUUUGGGUUCAGGUAAAAGGGGUUUCCAAAGGUGAAUACCUCAGAUCUGGGCUGGUUCUGCUGCUACUGACCAUCAAAAGACCCAAAUUGAAAGUUCAUCACAGUCGAGCCACCAUAACCAUUUUCCCGUCCAUGAGGUGUGGUUAGAGAAGCGCCUGACAUCAAGCUUGCCCUAGAUUGUCAUCGCUCUAAUACCACAAGAACUUUAAUAGAGAUAGAUAGAUUGUAGUUUUGGUGAAGGCAGACCCUUAAGAAAGAAGGGUUGCUGCUCAUUCAGUUUUACAACAGCUCGAAAACAAAUUAACAAUACUAAUAUGGUUUUGCCACAUGCCAAGUAAACACUGGCCAUUCCAAAUAUAAUACACUGUUAAUUAACUG